UCUCAAGUUGUAGAAACACUGGGCUGCUGGCGUAUUUGUGUGAGUGUUUAGCGGCAAAAAGCAUUUUACUGAAAGAGGAAAAAGGAAGAGUGGACGAUCUCAGAGAAAAACAGAAAUUCAAACCGGGAAAAAUUAAUUGUCAGCAAUGCAAUUGACCGUGUGUGAGCCCACCGCCAUGUCCGAAGCCGUGGUGAUGGAGCCUCCCAGAGCAGGCGGCUUCCUGGAGUCCUCGUGCAGUGUAGGAGACAGCGCAGCCUCCCUUGAUGAUGGCAUCGUGGAUACAGCAAAUGAGUCUUCAGAGGAAGAGUCUGCGGGGGAAAGGGAAGAGGAGAUUGGUGCACAUGAUGAAGUCGUCAGCCGCACCAAGACUACAGAGGUCCCUGCUGAAAAGACCUCAAACACGCAAACAGUGAACUCUCAGCGUCCAAACUCCCUGGCGGUACCAGCAGCAGGGGAGCCCGGCCUGUGGACGUCACAGGGUGAUGCUGAGGUGAAACUGAGGAUAGGGGAUUCUGGUCUGGCUGCUGAGACCCCUCUGACCAUCAACCAGAUGUUCACCUCAGCCGUGGAGCGCUUUGGGGACUACACAGCUCUGAGCUGGAAGGAAGGAGAGCAGCAGAAGAGCAUCAACUACAAAGAAUACUACCAGACCUGCCGCACUGCUGCCAAGAGCUUCCUUAAGCUUGGUUUGGAGCGAUACCACGGUGUUGGCAUCCUGGGCUUCAACUCCGCUGAGUGGUUCAUCUCUGAUAUUGCAGCGAUUCUGGCAGGUGGGUUUGCUGUUGGCAUCUACACUACCAACUCUCCUGAGGCAUGCCAGUAUGUAGCAGAAAACUGCAAGGCCAAUAUCAUUGUGGUGGAGAAUCACAAACAGCUGCAGAAGAUCCUCCAGGUCGAAGACAAGCUGCCACACUUGAAAGCCAUUAUCCAGUACAAAGAUGCACUAAAAGAGAAGAGACCAAACCUGUACACAUGGUCGGAGUUCAUGGAGCUCGGACGCGACGAGCCCGACGCACCCCUCGAUGCGAUCAUCUCCAGCCAGAAACCCAACCAAUGCUGCACGCUCAUCUACACCUCAGGGACCACGGGCCAGCCCAAAGGAGUCAUGCUCAGCCACGAUAAUAUAACAUGGACCGCGCUCUCCACCAGCCGUCACGUGCGUCUGUCAGACGCCACUCAGUUUCAGGAGUGCGUGGUCAGCUACCUGCCGCUCAGCCACAUCGCUGCUCAGAUGGUCGACAUCUGGUGCACCAUGAAGGUCGGAGGGGCAACACACUUCGCUCAGCCGGAUGCACUGAAGGGCUCUCUGGUAAACACUUUGAAGGAAGUACGUCCCACGGCCUUCAUGGGCGUCCCACGUGUCUGGGAGAAGAUGCAGGAGAAGAUGAAAUCGGUCGGGGCCAAGUCUACAACUGUACGCAGGAAAAUUGCCGCCUGGGCCAAAGAUGUCGGCCUGCAAACUAAUCUGACCAAGAUGAACCAAAGCGGAGCAGCCGGUCGCACACCACUCAGCUAUCAGCUGGCCAAAAAGCUUGUGUUCAAAAAGGUGCGUAAGGCUCUGGGCCUGGACCGCUGCAACAAGUGCUACACCGGCGCCGCUCCCAUCACCAAAGACACCCUGGAGUUCUUCCUCAGCCUGGACAUCCCGCUGUACGAGCUGUACGGCAUGAGCGAGAGCACCGGACCUCACACAGUCUCCAUCCCCAAUGCCUUCAAGCUCACCAGUUGUGGUAUAGAGAUCCCAGGGUGCAAGACGAAGCUGCACAACCCAGACAACGAGGGAAACGGUGAAAUUUGCUUCUGGGGACGUCACGUCUUCAUGGGUUACCUCAACAUGCCUGACAAGACGGAGGAGGCUCUGGAUGCAGAGGGCUGGCUGCACUCAGGUGACCUGGGCAAACACGACGAGAAGGGAUUCCUCUUCAUCACCGGAAGAAUCAAAGAGCUGAUCAUCACAGCAGGAGGGGAGAACAUCCCUCCUGUUCCCAUCGAGGAUGCGGUGAAGGAGGCUGUGCCGCUGAUUAGCAACGCCAUGCUGAUCGGAGACAAGAGGAAGUUUCUGUCUAUGCUGCUCACCAUUAAGUGCCAGGUAAACACAGAGUCAGGAGACCCAGAGGACGAGCUGACACCAGAAGCUGUUGAGCUCUGUAAGAAGCUGGGCAGCAACUCCACUCGAGUCUCUGAGAUCGCAGGAGGCCGAGACCGGGCGGUCCACACGGCCAUCCAGGAGGGAAUCAACCAAGUCAAUGAGAAGGCAAACUCCAACGCUCAGCGCAUCCAGAAGUGGAUCAUUCUGGAUCAGGAUUUCUCCGUCACAGGAGGAGAACUGGGCCCGACCAUGAAGCUGAAGCGGCCAGUGGUGCUGAAGAUGUACAAAGAGCAGAUUGAGAACUUUUAUAAGGAGCUGGCGACUCCAACAACUCCAGACGCCCCGCUGCCUGCCAAAUAAAGAGCUGCUCCUCCUCCACAUGCACGGGGAGUCGCCCCACAUCCUUCAUCCAACAACCAUUUUCUCUCUUGUGAAAAAAUGUUUUGAUUGCCUUACGUUUUGGUCGUUCUGUGCUGGUUUACAUUUGUGUGGAUGUUGUACAAAAAGGAAGCAGAAAUAAGAAGCCAUUGUAAAAUAGCUUUAUGAUUUUGAAGAUGUUAUCAAUAAGCUGAAGUCAACUAUUUAUUUGGAUUACUGGGAGGAACAGUAAUAUCGGAUAGAUGAAGUAGCAGCAGCUGUAUGUAAGAAGUAAUUUUGUAUUUUUCUUUUAAUUUAUUUUGGGUUUUGCCAAAGUUUACAUGGGCCAAAUGAGCUUCAUCAAAUGAAGAAACAUUUCUAGGAGAGAUUUGUAAUUCACCAAUCAUAUCCAAAUGUUAACUGGCCUUUUACAUGUAUUUGGUGCUUUAUUUUUCUUGUUUUUGUCAGCUGGGUUUGAAAAUAAAACAUUUAUUUUGUACAUGUUUCAAUAAGUCAGAUGUUUUCUGCAAACGUAGUUGCAGUUUGAAAGGUGUGUUGAAAUUUAUCUAAUGACGGAGCAUCCAAAUAUCAUUUUUCAUGCUGUAAAAAUGCGUAAUUGAAGCCAUAUCUCUUGCCUUUUGUAAUCGUAAUGCAGACCAUUACACACCUGCCUGGUUCUGUUGAAUUGUCUCCCAACAGCCUUCUGUGUGCAGACCUGCUGUGAUUUUUGUGCAUUAUUGUAAAUAUGUUCUGCCUUCAUCAUCACUUGUUUUUACUUUACAGUUUUUUGCAGCCCAGAAAUCUCAUGCAUCAUUUUUUUGUGCUCAAACAUGAUGGGGGGGGGGGGAUUGUACAUAACUUAAUUAUAUGUAGCUUUAUGGCGAAUAUAUCAACUGGUCUGUUAAUGCAUCACACAUAUAAAUGUUCAAAUGCUCGAGGUUUUGACCCGGAGGCUACAUGUCUUUAGCCUCCUUGGAGACAUUUCACACAUCUUCAAAGAAAAGGAAGUUUGAAAAUGACGCACAGAGAGCGUGUUGCACUCCAAAGAGCUGAUCUUGUACAUGGUUAUUGUGUAUAUUUAUAUAAUGAACAUAUUGUACGUAUUUGUAGCAUUCAAGUGAAGGGGGUUUGGUGGUUCUGAUUCGCUCAAAGAAAACUGAAGUUCAGGGGAAACAAAGCAGAGCAAUUUCAAUGUUUGUGUAUCAAGAAAUCAAGGAAAUGACGGUGAUUCAGCGAGCCUGGAUUCACCCGACCUGAACGAACUGUUAUUGUUGUUGUUGUGAACAAUAUCAGGGUUUAAAGAUUGACAUCUGCAUGAAGCUGCAGGAGAAAAAGGAAGCCUGUUUCUGUCUACUGACAUGAAUGUUUGUGUGUUUGAUGUGUUACGGAAUAAAAGUUGAUUAAGCUGAA